AUGAGGGCGUGCUAUCGGGCGUGUACAAAAAUAUACACUGCGUCACUGCGACCGCGAAUUGGACACUCUGGCCGUCUGGCGCCUGGCAGACUGGAAGUAACUGGUGACAGUGGUGAGUCGGUGACUGGUGACAGUGGUGAGUCGGUGACUGGUGACAGUGGUGAGUCGGUGACUGGUGACAGUGGUGAGUCGGUGACUGGUGACAGUGGUGAGUCGGUGACUGGUGACAGUGGUGAGUCGGUGACUGGUGACAGUGGUGAGUCGGUGACUGGAGAGUGGUUUGGAAAUAGUGAAGUGUGGUCGCUGGUGACUGGAGUGACUGGACAGUCACAGCGGUCGUCUGGUCGAGUUUGCGCGUGA